AUGGCAGAACAAGCAGAGGAUGGCAUGGUCGCUGCUUUUCGGACUAAUCCAGAAAGAGAGAAUGAGCUGGCACCUGAGCAAAUACAACAGCCAACCAGGCCUGCCUAUCAAUGGGUUGAUAUUACUGAUGAAUUCACAAGGGCAUGUUCUGAACUUAGACUUGGAGAGCUCCUUCGGGAUUCCUCCUUCAGCCUGUUUGAGGCUAUGUCAGCAAUUGAGAUGAUGGAUCCCAAGAUGGAUGCUGGGAUGCUUUGUAAUCAAACAAAACGAAAAGUAUUGAAUUUUGACCAAUCAAUUCAGGCUGGAAGUGUAAAAAUAAAAGAUCUAACUUACCCUGAAUUAAUUGGGAUCAUGGAUGCCACUUUAGCCUGCCUUGUUACCUGGCUUGAAGGCCAUUCUCUUGCACAGACUGUAUUUACCAAUCUCUACCUGCAUAACCCAUAUAUCAUUGAAGACAGAUACCUGAAGGCAUUUUGCAUAUGUAUGCUGAAAAUAGUCGAUAUCAUCAGAGAUCGAGUGAACAGGGCUGGAGCUUUUGAAGAAGAAGAUUUCCAACCCGUCACUUAUGGAUUCAAAAUGGCUGCUGAAACUUCUGAUGUGCGUGCAAUUGGAAUGAUGAAGGAAGUUGAAGAAGAACUGAACAGAAUAAUUAAGAAUACUCGAAGUAAACCUGGUACCCAAAGGGAUUCUGAUACUGAAUUAGAGCACAAUUUAUCAGUUGCUGUCUACAACAGAAUAAAAUUUUACCGAAUGUUUUUGACCGUGCUGAUGUCUUUCAGUAAGGAAAAAUGUGAAGGCAUUCCCCAGGCACAAAGGUUGCUGACUCAAUUGAUAGAACUUGUGCCAGCUAUGACAAGUGAAUUAGAUCUUGGAAUUCAAGCUGAAGGAGGAGGAGUUACAAAAACAGAUUAUCCAACGAUCAUGGGAUUUGAAUCUCUUGUAAACCAGCGUCUGCUACCUCCUACAUUCCCUCGUUAUACAAUGAUCAAGAGCCGUAAAGAAGCUUUAUAUUAUAUGGAACAUCAGCUUCUCCGCCGAUUACAGACAGUCACUUUCAUCACAGAGAUCACUUCCUUGCACAAUAUGCUAGAAGUGUUUACAGAAUUUAGCAAGACUUGCCCAUGUGUUCUUUCAAGAUCUUUGUUACAGUUACUAUUUCUUCCUUUCAGUAAGAAGUUGUUUGGUAUUUAUUCAAUUGUUGACUCACUAAAAGAAAGCAUCAGAAAUUUCAUUGCACCGGUUGCUCUGUUUCCAAAAUCUAACCUGUAUAGCAACCCCCAAGCAAAAGAGUAUGUGGAUGCCUUUUUAAAUAAAGCUGUUCGUCCCAUCUGCACAAUUUUUCAAAUCACAGGACAUAAUAGAGCUCGACAGCGUGAGAAAUGGACACACAUCUUGGAGGAACUUGCAGCUCUACAAGAAGAGGCAGAUAAAGUGGAUUCUUACCUCCAUAACCAGUUGAUCAAAACUGAACCAACCAAAGUGCACCUUGCCUGUUUUGGAACCUGGGUCCUCUACCACACCCUUUAUGUGAUGAUCAACUACACUCUAGCUGGACUAGAGCUUGAACUGUAUGCCCCGUAUGAAUACCAUUACAUUUUCUGGUAUCUGCAUGAAAUGUUGUAUGCCUGGAUGGUUUCUACUCUGAUCAGAGCUGACAGCUUUUUGAUGGAACAUGAAGCUCAAAAUGACCAGCAAGUAAAAGGAAGAAACAACAGGAAAAAUAAGAAAAAGAAGCGGACCAAGACAUUAAGCCGAGAAAUUACUCUGAACCAAGGGCAUCAGCAGCUCUUUGGAGGUUAUCAUAAGGCUUUGAUGGGCUUCCAGUUGGAUGGCAGGAUGAAGCAGGCAAAGUUUGAAUUUGACAAUGAAGAAGUUCGCUAUUCUCAUCGAUUUGCUCCUUUUGUGCAUUUUGUUACACCUCCCAUGGUACAUUAUUCACGUUACAAGGAAAUGAAUGAUCCUGCUAAAUACAAUUAUGAACGAGCAUCUACAGAAAUGUAUGGACUUGCCUGUAAACAUUUUCAUCAAGCAAAAACAUUUUAUGAAAAUAUCCCCAAUCCUAAUGAGGAAAUUCAAAAUUUAAUAAAGAUUGCCAAGACAAACUUUGUUGUGAUGAAACUUUUACUCAGUGGCCAUAAAAAGGAUUCUUCAGAAGCUCCAGAAUUUGACUUCAACAGUGAAAAAAAGGUUUUCCGUGUUGGCAUUUUGGCAUCAUGGGUGGAAAAGCUGUUUUGCUUUUACUCCAAUUGGCCGGAUUUGUUACACUUGCUAGAAGUGGCUACAUUCUGA